AUGGAGCUGUGCAACACUCGAAUCGCCCAUAUGGGAGUUAUGGAAUGCGAGAGCCAAACCUUCCUCGGAAUAUGCGUGAUUCUGGGCAGUUUUCUCCUAGGCCUGUUUAUCCACGCUCUUGUUCCCCAGUCUCAUGCUGCCGCGUCAUCUGCACCACCACAUUUCGUCGAAACCUCGGCUGCUUCCCAGCCUCAAAACGCUGCGCCAUCGGAACCCGCAGUGCUCACGACGACAUCGGGAUCAGAAACACCCGCCGAACGCAGUGCCAAUGACGGCGAGACCGAGACUCGGAAGCCGAAUACAGCCCUCGUUUCAGUCGUAAAAGCCCCCAAACACCAUGCGAUAGCUAUGGCUCAUCCGUCGCUGUUCAACACGCCUCUUGUCUUGACUGCCGAGCCUCGACCACCGUUCCAACCGAACAUUCGAAGCUUGAUGCAGGUUCCGAGGACUGCGUUGCCGCCGUGGGAAAUCACCUUCGAAAACAAUGUCAAACACAGCCGCCUGCUUAACCUCCCGGAAGAAAUCUUGCUUCUUAUCCUGCAGCUAGCUGACAUUCCAGACUUGUACAUGUGGCGCCAAGUCUCCUUCACAUUCUGGCGCAUCUACCAGAGCAAUUAUUUCCGGAAUUUCCAUCGGAAUGACAAGUGGCGUUACGCGAAACUACCGGAGGGUCUUAAAGGCUUCGAGCACGAUGAAGAGACUAUCAGACGGGCAAGAGACCAGGCGUAUUGCGAUAAGUGCAUCAUCGCCAAGAAACAGUCGAGAGACAUUUUUAGUCCCAGAUGGGGCCUCCAGUUGAAGACGCUCUAUUGUUCUUUCUGCCGAGCAAACCAUCCUCGAUCCUCUUUCUCGCACAAGGAGCGCCAAAAGAACUAUGUCGGCCGUCGCUGUAUUUCAUGGGAGGGGCACUUCCGAGUCUGCCCUCACGAGACUAUGUCUAUGCCGUUGAUUCUACAAUACAUCGAUCGCAUCGGCAUUGCCGACAAGGAUCGCCACGCUCACCAGGAUAUUGUAAUUUGCCAGGUUUGCCAGGCUGUUGCUGAGAAGCUCGCCGGGGAGGAUAUCCGCAUUCGCAAUAACAUUACUCCCCCAAAGGGUUCAUUGCUGAACGCAGGGCCGAACUAUCGAGGUCGUCCUCAGGUGAUGUUCUCACUUGACUGGACACUCCCUGUCUUUGAGAUUCCCGAGGACAGAGGCGUGACAUACCCUUUCCUACAACAGCGCCUGAGAGAGUUCGAGGAGACCUACGGCGACAUGCUUUGCCCGCAUCUUCGCCUUGAGAGGCUCCUCGCGCCGUUUGACUCGCGCCUCUGCGUUUGUCUUGGAGGCGACAGAAGAAUCGGGGGCGUGUCACCCUGCGACCGUAACAUCGAUUGGGUGGACCAUGAUCAGCCGGCUCGCGGGUGCAAAAGGAUAAAUAGUGCUCGGAUCCCGGGUAUUUUCCUACAGCAAGAUAACGAUCACUGGGUCAAACACGAAGUCAUUUGCAGUGCUUAUUGCGGGAGAUUCAUCUGGACCAGAAAGGACCGCUUUGUGUUUCUGAGCAGACAUACUGCCAGUUUUGUAUAUGCAGACGGCACCGGGAUGCCGUGGGAUACGCUUGACAACAAGCUGCUGGAGCCACAAUCGUACGGGGCAAAGGACGACAUCGAGGCGAAGCAUGUCUUAUGGUGCGAUGAUAAGGCCUGCAAGAAUGCCAGGAAGUGGAAGGAUAGUAGACACUGA